UUCCCAGAUACUCCAGCAUAUUAUUUUUAGCUGCAAGCCUUUAACCUAACCCUUCUUCUCGUUUACCACCACACUCAUCACUUUCUAGUUUCUAUCACCUCCUCACCUCUCUCCUUCUCUAACCUCUAUUUCCUAUCCUUUCCCUUUUUUUUUUUUUUUGCUUUUUUUCCUCCUCUCCUUCCCCCUCUUUUAUGGUUGUGCAGAGAGCGGACCGACCAGGUCUUCACAAUGCAGGCGUAUGAGGGAGGUAAUUAAAGAAAAGAAAAAGAAGUAGGGAAGGAGCAGAGAGUAAUGAGCUCUAGUUCCUUUCUCGCUCUGCAGCCUCUCUUUGCCUCCAUAUUUAUUGCUUCGUGCGGGUGUUGAGGGGAUUUAAGAGGCCCCCUUUUUAAUUUGAUCGUGAAGAGAAGAAGUGGGGGGUUUUGAAGAGGUACUUCCCGCAACUGGUAGGAGCAGGAGCGGUCAAUUCUCCCCAACUUAUCCGAUGGAGAGGCUCCGAGGACCCAUCAACCCCUAUUUGGCUGGAGAGGGGAGGGGCUCGGAGUGCUUGGAACCGGAAGACUGGAGCCCGAGUUCUGGUCGAGAAAUGAGCUACGGCAGCUUCAUUCCACACCAUUACCACCGAAUGCCCUUCCUCCAACUGCUCCAAAGCGCAAUGCAAGCGGAGGAGGAGACGGAAGAAGAGGAAGAGCCGCAACUCCACUUCCAAGUCGUCCAGCAACAGCAGCAGCACCAGCGAGAGCUCUUGACCUCCUUCCCACCGGAAUCCAACUUCCAGCUCCUCCUCCGCCUCCAGAGCCACCAAGAUAAAAAAUGGACUGCUGAGAUCGACUCCUCCCGUGCCGCGGAGCAGCUGGAGAGCUGCGUCACCCACGCCUCCGAGUCCCUGUCCGACGCCAGAGGCGUCGACGGUCACGAACCCGACCACCACCGCCAACUCCCCUCUGGAACCACCAGAUCUCCGGCGGCGGUGGAGACGAGGGAGAGGAAGACGAGGAAGAGGUCACGGGUGGCGGCGGCCUCAACGAAGAGCGCGGAAGAGGCUGAGAGCCAGCGGAUGACCCACAUCGCCGUUGAGCGCAACCGCCGGCGACUAAUGAACGACCACCUCGCCGCCCUUCGCGCCGUCAUGCCCCCCUCUUUCGUCCAACGUGGGGACCAGGCCUCCAUCAUCGGGGGGGCCAUCGACUUCAUCAAGGAGCUCGAGCAGCUCCUUCUCUCCCUUCAGGCCGAGAAACGGCAGCGCACGUCCGCCGCCGUGUCCUCCACAUGCAACACCAUCCCGAGAUCCAGCAGCGAGGAGGACGCGUGCACCGGGGCGGCGGCGGCCGCCUCGCUGAAGGGUUUCUUCAUCUCCCCGCAGUACACGAGCUACUCGCAGUCCCAACAGCAGCGACGGGUCAAGGAGGAGGAGGAGAACGGCGAGGAGUCGCCGGAGGUGGUGGCGGAGGAGGGAGGGGUGGACGUAGAGGCCACGGUGGUGCAGGGGCACGUGAAUCUGAAGGUGGCAGCGCGGCGACGGGCCGGGCAGCUGGUGCGGGCCAUCGCCGCGUUGGAGGAGCUCCGCCUCUCCGUCCUCCACCUCAACAUCACCUCCCUCGAUCCCUCCUCUAUCCUCUACUCCCUUAACCUCAAAAUGGAGGAGGGGUGCAAGCUUGGGUCGGCGGACGAAAUAGCAACGGCGGUGCACCAAAUAUUCGGCUACAUCAACGCCUGCCGAUGACGCUGGGUCUUGUCAUGAUUUAAGAGAGAUGACAUGGGCUAAGAAAGUUGGUCGCCAAAGCUUUGCUAUUCUGCUAAUGCCGCACCGGCCGUGGAAGGGGAGAGUGGGGUUGCAGCGAGGGCAGCAGCUUUUUCCUGCUCUCUGGAGACUGGAGCAGUGAUAGGAUUUUGUACCGUUUGGUUCCAUCUUCCGAGCUUUCAGUCUCUCAACUUUUGCUCACUCUCUCUCUCUCUCUCUCUUUCCCUCUCUUCUCUUUCUCGGAAGGAAAGGAUGCGCCUUUUGAGAUGGCAGGCGUUGAAUUUCUACGUUCGUGAUUACAGAUGAUGAUCAAGGCUAGCUUGCUACAUGUUAUUCUUGUGUUUUUUUUCUUUUUCUUUUUUUUUGUUGGUUCUUGUGUUUGGCUCCACGUAGAAGCGGCUUAAUGGUUAUCCAUCAUGAGAGGAUCCUGACCGUUUGUUAAA